AUGUUUGAACAAGCACAUUGUUUUGAAAGAUAUGUCAAGACUGUAGCUGAUGAAAACUCUAUAGUUUAUGGUGAAUAUCUCUCAAAGUUAGAUCCUGUUGAAAGUGAACAACAAUUACCCUAUGAAUUACAAUUAGAAAAGAAAUACUUUAAUGAUAUCAAUGUAGGAAACGAUGAACAGAGAAGAAGAUCAUAUCAAGAUGUAAUGAGAUCACCGAAUAAAGAUGAGAUACCGCUGUAUGUCGAACCACUGAUGAAUCUACAGAGUUUUGUUAAUGGUAUGAUCGAGUGGUUGAACGAUAAUCUAUCGAAUAUGACAAUGAGCAUCAACAGCAGUAGUGGUAGCAAGUCAUCAUCAUCAUCAUCCGCGAAUUCACAAGUUAAAUCAAUGUGUUGGCAUCCACAACAACGUAUUCUAGCGGUUUGUAAUCAACAUGACAUCAUAUCACUCUACUACUUCAACUCGAACCAACAACAACACCAACAACAACUAGAUAUCGACUACACCAUCUACCAACCCCUUACACUCUGGACAGAACACCAAACAAACGUUACCGAUAUUCAAUGGAAACCACACACCCCUUAUACUUUAGCUGUUGCAACAGAGAAUGGUAUCAUUCUUUGGGAAAUAGAUAUAAAUGAAUUGAAAACACCGAAUUCAGCUAGACAACAGAGUAAUAAUAAUAGUAGAACCAAUGCAACGGUGUUGUGUCAUCCUUAUUUUAAGCCGACAACAUUGAGUUGGUCGUCGAAUGGAUUAUAUUUAGCGAGUGGAUCGAAUCAGCUCUAUUCUAUCGUGUUGUGGGACGUCGCUAGUAGAGUACCGACAUUGCUGCCUCGUUACGGUGGUAACACUCUACUUUCAUACUCACCGAUCUCCAACGAAUUCCUGCUAUCGGCAAGUCGUGAAAACUUUAGAAUAUUCGAUACCUCCAAAUGGGACUAUAACAACAAACAAUGGAAUCAAAGUUUUAACUAUGUAUCAUGUGCAUGGACACCAGCAGGCGAUUAUCUAGCAAUAAGUUAUAAUGAUCAAAUCAACUUUAUUCAAUGUAAAAAUAAAGCAUUGGAAACAAGUGGUGAUUUAGUUUAUGUUGAAAAAACAACUACAUAUAAAGCUUAUCAAAAUAAUACAGAAGUUUAUGUUGGUGGACAUAUCAAAAAGAUUGCGAUUAGCCCAGAUGGAAACAGAUUAGCAGUCAUCUUUUUAAGGAAUAGAAGUAGUAAUGAUAACGAUACAUUGGUAGCUCUCUAUCGUCUGAAAACAACACCUAAUCUAUCAUUGACACCUAGAGGUUUCCUUAAAAAGCGUAAUCAACCAAUUCAAUCGAUUUCAUUCGUACCAAACUAUUCUAAAGGUUCAUUAUUAAGUGUUGUAAGUACAUUACUAUUAGAUAAUUGUAAUAACAAAUUUGUAUAA